GCCUCUGGACCAACCGACGCGGGGAGCGAGCGAGCGAGCGAGCGCGGCCGCCGCCACUGCCAUUUUCCUUUUCCCUCAGCAGCCGGGCUUCGCCGCCGCCGCCGCCUGGCGUGUGCCGAGAGGGGAAGCGCGGAGGGCGGCGGACCCCUCGCCCAGCCAGGGCGGCCGCCACGGCAGGCUCCCCGCGCGCCCGGCCGCCCCUCGCCUCCCUCCUCCAGCCGCCGGACGCCCGCCAGCGCCAGCGCCGGUUGCUGCUGUUUCUCUCCAGCAGUCUGAUGAAAGGAUUUCAUUCUCUUAGUAAAGAAAAGUUUUCUUGGAAUUGCUGGAGAACGGGAUGACAACACAGGACUGCGACCUAUCUCAUUAAACAUGCUUCUAAGACUUUGGAUGCUGCAGUGUUUCUAGAGGCCUUGCGUUGGACAGCUCCUGUGGCGGAGUCGCCCUGGGUGGAAACGCUUCAGGAUUAUUGUGCCCACUCAUCUUGGCAUCGUCAAUGUUUCGCCCUUGUUUUGUGGAUUAUCGGCUGGCAGCGUUAGAAGAUGGCUACGUAGUUUCUUGACAGCAGACCUGGAAGGCAGUUCGUGCCUCUUCCCAUCUCCCUCCUUGGCCUGGGAUUUAUUCAUUUCAUUUUUCCUACCUCAAAAGCUGAUUUGAAAAGGUUAAACAUUUUCCAAAAGCAGUUAUCAAAAAUGACAAGUCUGUUCCGACGGAGCAGCAGCAAUGGCAGCUCAAGGAACGGCUCUUCUGCCCAGGAACUCAACAACAGCCGCCCUGCCAGGCAGGUGCGGCGGCUGGAGUUUAACCAGGCAAUGGAGGAUUUCAAGACGAUGUUCCCCAAUAUGGAUUACGACAUCAUUGAAUGUGUUUUGAGGGCUAACAAUGGAGCUGUGGAUGCCACAAUCGAUCAGUUGUUACAGAUGAACUUAGAUGGCAGCAGUUAUGACGACAGCUCGGAUUCAGACGACAGUAUUCCUCCAGAGAUCCUGGAACGGACUCUGGAACCAGAUAGUUCUGAUGAAGAGCCACCCCCCGUUUACUCACCCCCUUCCUACGACAUGCACGUGUUUGACAGACAGUAUCCACAAGCUCCCCCAACCCCGCCUCCCAGGACUGAUGUCCAGAAUUCCAGUGGCCCUCAGGCACAACAGCGGUACAGGAACUGGAAUCCCCCGUUGCUAGGCAACCUUCCCGAUGACUUCCUCCGCAUCUUGCCCCAGCAAUUGGACAGGGUACAGAGUUCACAAAGCUGCCACCAGACUGCACCAAGCCAGGAAAGUCGGGGACCUCAAGGUUCAUUGGACCAAGAGAGGAAGUGGAAACAGUACCUAGAAGACGAGCGGAUCGCCCUCUUUCUGCAGAACGAAGAGUUCAUGAAGGAGCUGCAGAGGAAUCGAGACUUCCUCCUUGCUCUAGAGAGAGAUCGCUUGAAAUACGAGUCAAAGAAAUCCAAGAUGAGCAAUGUAGUCCUCAGUCAUGAUGUCAGCUUCUCUCCUGCAGUAGCAGAUGACAUCACUCGCUCCUUAAGUGGCGUGGCCAGCAGUGCCAUCUCCGAAGAUGCCUUAUUCAGGGACAAAUUAAAACACAUGGGAAAAUCUACACGCAAAAAGCUUUUUGAACUUGCCAGGGCUUUCUCAGAGAAGACCAAGAUGAGGAAGUCAAAAAGAAAACAGUUGCUGAAACAUCAGGUGAUGGGGACUGCGGCCUCGACAGCUAACCUUCUUGAUGACGUUGAAGGACAUUCAUGCGAUGAAGAUGCCCAGGGAAGAAGGCGACAGUUAGAUGUGGAACAAGAAGCAUCCAGAGAAGCACUGGCCUGAACCGGGUCUUUGAUCAGCAAAUUGGAAAAGAAAUGAAUAAAAGACAAGAAGGUGAGAGCUGGAAGUUGGUCAAGAAGGAAGAUGAUUUUCUGGCUGGUAUUUCAUCCCUGCUCUGGAGUUAUUGGACUCCAUUCAAUGUACAAGCAUUAAAGCGUCAGGCACAAUGUUUUCUUACUGGAAGAGUUAGAAAACACUUCUGUUCCCCACCCCGUUCCUUAUCUAAGGAGUCCAGCCAACAAAGAGUGAUUAAACUAACAGCUGAUCUGAAUUUUUUAAUGGAAAUCUUUGCUGCUGGAGAAUGGAUUUUGAGUUUGUGAAGUUGGAUGGGUCAAACCUCUGUAUUUCUUUGUUGCGCGAUGCUGUUCAGAUGUUUGAAUGAAAAAGCGAUACACCUUUGGUGGGUGGUUUUCGGGCUAGCCUUUGGAAAAACAUCUCUCUUUUACGGAUGUGUGGUGACUUCCAUCCAGGUAUAGGGUGGCCUCAAAAUUUUGCCUAAUUGUUUUGUUAUCAUUCUUGCUGCUAAUAGAGGUAAGCCCAAAUCAAGAUCUGGUUGUUGCAAUCAGAAUAAUGAAAAUGCGUUUCUGCUCAUCCCACUCUGCAACGAGAAAACACACCACAAUGGCUCAAUCUUUGGCUUCAGUCCUUGGGUUUUAAAAAACAAACUUUAAAGAAUUAUCCACAUGACUAAAAAUACAUUAUUCCUAUUGUUCACGGGUGACCCAUCUUCUAAUUUUGUAUUUCUGUAUCGUUAAUGUAAGAGGAGGUUACAUUCUAUUAUGUCCCUGUGAGCGCCCGCUCCGGCCCCCGCGCCGCUCCCGCCUUCCGCCGUCGCGGUCCAGUAGAGGGCGGCUCCCUCGGCCUCAGAUAUGGGUGAGAGGUGGGGGUUUAAGGCACCCGGCUUCCACCGUCUCUCCCUGCUGAGCUCUGGCUUGUGCGUUCGCCCUCUCUCUCGGCUCUUUCCCAGUCGCUCCAGCCACCUCCUCCCCGGUGUCCUUGGGAGCUGCCCUCUUAUAGCUUCCUCCCCACCACCUCCACCAAUCCUGCCAUCCCCCACCCUUCCGUGUCCCAACUAGCAGCCCUGGUUUGCCUCCUCCCCUGUCUUCCUUCCCCUGGGGCCAAUCCCGCUGGGUUUCCCUGCCCCCGGACUCCCUCCCCCGCUCCGGCCCUCCCCGGGCCGGCUCAGGUGUGGCUGGUUGUGCCUGCCG